AUGUCGGGCGAUCGCUCCUGUGCAGAUCCACCAACUGGCGGCCACGCCCUGCGCCACGCCACUGGUCUUCAGAGCCUGCCCAGCCAGCUAAACGGGCAGGAACAGCACUCGAAUCACCGCCACCACCACCGCGACCACCAUCAACACCAAGCCAGGUCCGCUUUCCUCGACAAGGCCGAUUCCCUGCUCCUCGCGCGGUCUCAGGCUCCCACAUUUUCCACGCCGCGCACAGCAGUCAACAGCGGCGCCGAUCCACUCGCUUCGUUUCCACCGCCGGCUCCUCCCAAACCCGCCCACUACAGCGUCCACAACCACCGGAGACCCCCAUUUUCACCACUUCCGCCUCCACAGGAUAAGGAUAAGGACAUCACCAGCCGCUCCACAUCGCCACCGUCCUAUACCUCGAGGCUCGCUUCUUUCGCGCGCACCUUUAGCCCGCCUCUUCCGCCGCGCCCGCUGAAAAAAGCCGUGGGCUCGUCCUCCGCCUUGUCGUCUCAUCGCCAACACAACCGACAUCCCCGAACCGCCAAAAUGGUGUCUUGUGGACGUGUCGUCUGCGUGGCCCUGCCUUUUGUGCUGGCUGUCAUCAGCAUCGCGGCCCUGCUCGUGGCCGCUCUUGCCGGUGUCGCCGACAAGAACCUGUACAUGUUCGAGGUGAACACCACUGCGCUGUCUGUCAGCCCCGCCGAUGCGGUAAACAUUCUGAGUCGUGCGGUGUCGAACGGCGCUGCUCUGGACACCCGUGCUGCCGUCCCCAUUGUUGCCGCCCCCCUUGCUCGUGCUGCCGCGCCCGCGCCAGUCGGCUUCCACGACGCCUCGGUCGCCCGUGCUUCGGUUGGCUUCCACGACCCCAGCCUGCUGACCGACAGCGGCAAAUCCGAUGCCAACAGCGCCACCUCGGGCACGACGGAUGGUGCCAGUGAGAAGGCCACGGCCGGCGGCGUGCCGUCGGGCAACAUCACCGCUGCCGACCUGGCCCUCGGCAACCUGUACGACAUUGGCCUGUGGAACUACUGUGUCAAGGAGCAGAACGGCACGCGCACCUGCUCCAAGCCCGAGUUCAACUGGGCCGAGAAGACGCUCAACAACUCGGAGAACUCCGUCACCAGCCUCAUCAGCUCCACGGGCACCGACCUGAAGAUCCCCAAGGACAUCACCAACGCCAUCAAGGUGUUUGGCACCCUCGCGAAAUGGACCCAGGUCGUCUUUAUCAUCGCCUUUGGCGCUCUGGCACUGGAGAUUAUCUUUGGUCUCUUCACGGCCUGCAGCCGCGGUGUUGCCUGCGUGACCUUCCUCAUCGCCAGCAUCACGGUCGUCGCCGUCGUCGGCGCUGCCGGCCUGGCGACCGCCAUGUCCAUUGUCGUCGUCGCCGCGAUCAAGGCCGAGGCCAACAAGUACGGCGUCGAUGCCUCGGCCAACAGUCGUUUCCUAGUUGCCGUCUGGAUCUCGGCCGCCGCCGCCAUCGCGGCCUCCUUCUUCUGGAUGUUCACGGUCUGCUGCUGCAGCCCCGAGAGCCGUCGCGACCGCUACGGCCCGCGCCACCUGGACGACAAGUCCAUCCCGCCGAGCUCGUCGUACCAGCCGCUCAACGACCCCAGCAACGGUGGCAUGUACAACAAUGCCAACGCCUACGCUCCGCAGUACGGCGCCCCGCGGUACCCGCAGGGUGGUCGCUCGGAUCUGGCCUACGAGCCGUACUCGCACUCGCGCGUGUAA